UCUGUUGAAAUCGUGCCAGCUGGGCGGAUCCGCAUCCGAUUCCGAUAUUUUAUGUAUACAUUUGUAUUUUCUGUAGUUUCGGUCAUCGGUGUUUGAAAGAAAAGUUAAAAUCGUACCUACUAAAUUUCAGGACGUGUUGUAUCCCCAAUAUUCUACGUUAAAACAGCAAGAGUGGUUUAAAAAUGCCUCACUACUGUGCCUUUUUUAAAUGCCAGAAUAACACAUCCGCAUCCUACGUAAAUAAGGAAAUCACUUUUCAUAGUUAAUGAACGAGCCGGCGGACGUCACAGCAAUUGAAGAUCGCUCUAUGGUUGUGCUGCCAUGAAGGUGGACGUGGAAGGAAGAGAUGCUGCCUGCGCUUCGAUCAAUACUGACUCGCCCGUGUCUUCACUUGACGAUAUCCCUGAGACCGUUUCGGACAUCCUGCCAACGCCCGACCGGGCGCUGCUCGCCAAGCUGGAGGCAGAGAACAAGAAGAUCGAGGCGGACGCCAAGUGCCGCUUGCUGACAGCGGUGCGUAGUAGGAAGGAUUCGGACACGUCGUCGCAAAUAUCCUUGGCUUCUGCGACGAGUUCAAGCCAUGAAGAGGCCAGAGUUGGGAGCAAUGGAGAGGAGGAUCUCUGGGGCCUCUGGGGCCGGCUGGUCACCAACUGGGAGACAGAGUGGAGGAAACGCAACCAGUUCGUGCGUGAUCUCGUGAGGCAGGGAGUGCCACAUCAUUUUAGAGGCAUCGUGUGGCAGUUGCUGGCGGGAGUGGACUCCUCGCCAGAGAAGAGGUUGUAUGCUUCGUAUAUUAAGGCCAAAUCAGCGUGCGAGAAGGUGAUACGUCGAGACAUAGCACGCACGUAUCCGGAGCAUGAUUUCUUCAAAGAGAAAGAUGGCUUGGGACAGGAGUCUCUCUUCAACGUAAUGAAGGCGUAUUCGCUGCACGACAGGGAAGUUGGGUACUGCCAAGGGUCCGGGUUCAUUGUUGGCCUGCUGUUGAUGCAGAUGCCAGAAGAAGAAGCGUUCGCAGUACUUGUGAAGAUAAUGCAGCAGCACAGAAUGCGAGAUAUGUUCAAGCCAAGCAUGGCGGAGCUGGGGCUGUGCAUGUUCCAACUGGAGAACUUGGUACAGGAACUUUUGCCGGAUCUGUAUAUGCACUUCCAAACACAGAGUUUCAGCACAUCAAUGUACGCCAGCAGCUGGUUCCUCACGUUGUUCACGACCACCCUAUCCCUGCCUCUCGCCUGCCGAGUCAUGGACGUGUUCCUGUCUGAAGGGAUAGAGAUUGUGUUUAAGGUGGCCCUAGCCAUGCUCACCCUGGGCAAAGAUGACAUGCUGUCGUUGGAUAUGGAGAAUCUUUUAAAGUAUAUACAUAACGACCUUCGUGCAAAGGCAGAGGCAGAUAGAGACAGUUUCAUGAAUUUGGCGUAUUCGUUUGUGAUACAGCCAAAAAAAAUGAGAAAGCUUGAAAAAGAAUAUACUGCUAUCAAAUCAAAGGAGCAGGGGGAUAUCGCCAUUUUAAGAUGCCUCCGGCAAGAAAAUCGUCUGCUGAAGCAGCGGGUAGAGCUUUUGGAAAAAGAGAGCUCGGGGCUGGCGGAGAGGCUGGUGCGUGGGCAGGUGGACCGCGCGGAAGGUGAAGAGGAGACCUUCGCGCUGGCCCGCGAACUGCAAGCGCUGCGCCGAGAGCACGUCGGCAUGCAGCAGCGGCUGGCCCUGGCUCAGGACGAAAUCCGUUCCCUAGAGAUGACUCUUGACGAGAAGAACUCGCAAGACGGUAACGCGAAAGGGGAAGAGCUCGCUCGCUGCCUCCAGCGUGAGUUGGUCCGCGCGAGGCUCCACGCUGCGGAGCGGGAGGCGGCAGAACGCGAGCUCGCUUCCAGAAUAGCCGAGUUGGAAAACGACAACAAAAUCCUCAGAAAACAGUCCGUUAAUAACAAUGUUGCUCACUUGCAGGAUGAGCUUAUUGCCGUAAAACUCCGAGAAGCCGAAGCAAACCUUUCCUUAAAGGAUUUAGGCCAACGCGUAGCCGAGUUGUCCGAAUCUUGGCAAAGACAUUUGCAAGAGCAUCGUCAAGAAGGUCCCUCUACGCCGGUGCAGUCAAAUAUGGUAUCCGAUAUAAUGGCGACGCCCAAGAAGCUGCUCCGAGCUUGGGAAGGCAGGACCAAUGAGACGCAGAAGCUGGAGGAGGAGCUAAUGACCACCAGGAUCCGGGAGGUGGAGGCGAUCUCAGAACUGAAGGAGCUUAGGCUGAAGGAAAUGGAGCUGCGCACCCAGGUGCAAGUUUCAACAAACCAGCUGCGGCGGCAGGACGAGGAGCUGCGCGAGUUGCGCGAGGCGCUCGACAGCGCGCUGCAGCGGGAGCGCGCGCUGCAGACGCGCCAGCGCGAGUUUCAGCACAGGCUCAGCGACCUCGAGAGCAAGGCUAAGAACGAGUCCAUGCAGGCAAAUAUUCGACACGUAGAGGCCAGCCAGAGAAUAGCGGAAUUGGAGAACGAAGUCUCGGAAUACAAACUUAAGAAUGAGGUUAUGGCAACAGAAGGAGAACUCAGAAGCCACGUCAUGGACGACUCAGAUCGAGUGCGCGCGUUGCAGGAACAAGUUGCCGAAUUGAAGGCUGACGUCAUGAGGCUAGAAGCGUGGAAGGCGCGCGCACUCGGUCUCACGCUCACGAGGAGCGAGUCACUAGACGAGGACCUGGAGGAGGACGACAAACUGAAACUCGUGCUGCGGAGGGAAUCCUCCGCCUCCCUGGACUCUAAGAAGACGUAGCGAUAUCUUUCUUUCAAUUAUAGAUUUGUACGGAGUCGGAUCGUGAAAACGACAGACUAUAAUGUUUAGUGUGUUGAUAUUGACUUUUUGUAACUGUAUUUGGAAUCGUAUCUUCCCUUCCUGAUUGUUUUUAAUGCACAAAUAAUACAUUCUAUGGGUGGAACCAGAGUGGUGAUUCUAGAGUGAUUUGUAAUACGCGACCUGGUGUCGGAAUCGGGUGGUUUCAAUCUAUUAAGCAAGGAGACAAUCUUUUUUCUUUUUCUUUUUUCUUUUUGUGUAUGUAAUCUUCAUCUUAUAAUCUUAUUUUCUGUACUAGCUUCCGCCCGCGACUCCGUACGUGCGGAAAAAUUAAGAUUUAUUUUUUUCUACGUAUUUUUCCGGGAUAAAAAGUAUCCUAUUUUAUGCCCAGGAUAAUAAGGUAUAAUUAUACCAAGUUUCAUCGAAAUCGAACCGUUAGUUUUUACGUGAUGCCUUCACAUACAGACAGACAGAGAGUAGUAGUAGUUUUGAGUAGAAUAAACAGGUUUUGAACCUUCACCGUCUACUAAUCGUACCCUUUCAUCAAACCCUUGUGAUCACUAUAUGCCAAACUAAAUAACCUUUGAUCUCAAAUACAUUAUAUUUUUUCAAAUCUUCUGAGAAUAUUUUUUUAAUUUCACUUACUUAUCAUGUAAUAUAAUUAACGUACAUUCCAUUUUAUUCUUAAUUAGGCUUACGCUUGUUACUGGAGCAAUAAUUUAUAUAAGGAGCUUAAAAUCACUUCUAAAGACAUCACUUCCUUGGCACUAAAUGUAUACAAGCAUGUGAUGCGCAAAUAAAUGAACGAGUCAUAAGUGGCGCGAUUGCGAGCGAGAUAGCAAUAUAACAAAAUGUGUGAGAGCAAGCGAGAAACUAUAGUCGGAAAUUAUGAUACCUUCAUUUAUUGGCACGAAUUUAUAAGUGAGAUAACGAAACGUCAAUUCGGAGUACCGGCACACAAUCUCAAUAAGGCUUAAUAAUAUUUAUUCAAUGUAUUACACGAAAUUAGUUAAUUAGGCUUUAGAUUAGAGUAAGAAUGUGCGCGUUGAGCUCUCGGAGAAUUUAUUGUAUGUUAUGUGUGUUUGUGUUGUUUUAUUAUGCUUACCGACUCAAAUGUUAUUCGCAUUGGAGAACAGUAUUUAUUUCAGCUACUAAAGUAUUUGUUAAUUAAUGAGCUUAAUAUUAUGUGAUCAUUGAGUUGGCGAGCUGCAGUGCAAUGGUUUAUAUUUACAUAAGUUUUUUCCCCUUUAUUUAACUGGUUUUAUCGCGAGACCUAACAGUCAAUUAAUUAUUAUCAAACAAGUAAAUUAGAAUAAGAAACAAAAUAUAUUAUAUUAAAUUUCAUAACUGUAUCGAUGCAUUAUUUGUAGGCGCCAGUUAAAAUGUUUUAAACACUCUAUAAGACUAGAACGAUUCAAGUUGACAGUUCAAAAUGUAGUGCAUGUUAAGAUACUCUGAUAUUAAUCAUUAACAUUCACCAACAUAAAAAAUAAAGUUAACUACUUAUAUUUAUUAAUUUUCAAUAAACAUCUUUGACUUAUAUUACAGUAUUUUUUAAAUUAUAUAUUACUUGAAAAUGGCUAGAUUUUGGGUUUUGUUAGAACUAUGAACCGCAAAACGCACGAACCAAGCGUGCCGCGUUCGUGGCCAGCGAGUGCCAGAAACGAAAUCGCUAUAAUAUUCACUUGGACAUUCACAGUAAUAUAAUAUAAUAAUUAUGUACCCCUCACGCACAGCGGCUUAAAUGUUUUGUAUAACUGCAAAUAAAGUUAAAUAUAGGUAUCGUUAGUUUUUAUUAAGUUGAAUUUUAUGAAUUUUAUUUUUGUUAUAGGAAUUUGAGCAGCUAUAAAAUGUUAAUUAUUUUGUUCAAUGAUAAAAAAGCUAUUAAUGUAUUAAUUGACACAUUAUUUAAAAUUAUUUGACCUGUGCAAAAGUUGAUUUUGUUAUACAGUGAAACUUGGUUAAGUGGGACCUGGAUAAGUGAGAAACCUCCAUAACUGGAACUCAUGCUGAGGUCCCAACACUUUGGCAUUGAAUUACCUCUGUUAGUGGGACGUGUAAACCUCUAUAUCUGGGAUUUGUUCUUUCGAUUUAUCUUCAUACUUACCUCUAUAAAUGAGACAGCGAGUAAAUUUUGUAUGCAUAAACCUCUGUAACUGAGAUAACAUUGUUUGCUUACUCAUUCUUAUUCUAUCCACAAAUUCCACACGUAAUUCCAAGUACGUAAGUACAAAUUUUGAGCUUCAAUUACCUUCAGUUUUAGUUUUGCUUUACUAUCGUACAGAUGUUUAUUUGAAAAAUGUCAAAACGAAAGCUACAAUCGUUAUCAUUAGGUGAAAAACUGAAGUUAAUAUCCAUUUAUGAAUCUGUAUUCUCACCUCUAUUAAUGGAACCCUCUGUAAAUGAGACAGAUAUUUAUUUAUACCUGUAUAUCUGAGACACUGGGUAAGUGGAAUACCUCUAUAAGUGAAACGACAUUGCAGGUCCCUUGAUGUCUCACUUAACCAGGUUUCACUGUAUUAUGUAUAAUGACUUAAAUGUAAUAAACUUUUUUUAAUAAUAUACUUAUUGUUUUGCUCAGCACGCCUACAAAUUUUAUUUUCCCCAUGGACCUAUGAAAAAAGACGGACGGAAUAUCGUCUAAACAUUGAGUGAAGCCUAGGAAUGGCGGCGAUGCAUCUAUGUGUGUGUGCCAGAUUGAUUGCCAGAUGCAGUAAAAUUACCCCACACUAGUAUUUUUAUUUUUCAAUUUUUUUGUACAUUUUAUAUUGUGUACUCUAACUAUAAGAACCUAUGCAUAAAUACAAUUACUAUUUAGCUUUGACGAAUCAACAAUUGGACGCGAAACCAAAGGAAAAUGUAUGAAAUCUUGUUCAACCAAUAUUGGGGGGAGGAGAGGUAAUGUCAGUUUAUAACCAAACAAAUAGGAAACAUGCUUCAUUCGAUUUAAGUAAACAUAUAUUAUGUACUUUGAAAUUUUCAAAAUUACUGUCUUAUAACAGAUGUCAAAUACAGUGUUAAUUGGCUGUAAUAUUUUUUUUAAAUAUGCGUGUUAUAUAAGGGUUAGCAUAGUAUGCAUGUUUUUGUGAGAAGAAAAAGCAAUAAAUUUAUAAAGCAAGCAUUUUGUAUCAAAUUUAUUAUCGUAAUUUUAAAAUAAAUUAACUUUGCAUCAACUCCCCGACUUUUGGGAGAAUGAAAUUUUGAAACAAUGGCAACAGCUGUCCUGACGACAAUGGCGGUUGCAUUUUUUCUAUAAAUUUUGCCGUAAUCAUUUUGUCAUUAAAACAUAAAAGAAAUAACUUUCUUUCCUGUAGAAUGUAAUCACCUGUGUUUUCUAAUAUAAAAUUGUACUGUUGCGAAACCAUUUAACCACGCGAGACGGCAUUUUACGGCGGCGCUUAAUCAGUCGGUAGUUCAUGACGUAAUGGCGGCCGACUAGCUUACUAUGGUGAGAGUGUGUGCGUGUUCAUUGUAUUUAUACGAUGGCUAGCUUACUAUGGUGGCUUCACUUUGUUAACUGCAGAUCAAGCGCUGUGGGUGUAUAAUAUAUUUGUAAAGGAUUAGGUUUUAUUGAAAUGAAAUGAAAUUAUUGAUGAAAUUAUUAUAUUAAUGUUUUAAUAUAAUAAUUGUAAUUACUUUAAUAUAUUAUCGCUCAGCAUACGAGGUACAACCAGCGUGCAGUAGCGAAAUCAUUGUUUGUAUUCUUUUUUUAUUAUUAUAUUAGCGCGAGGCCAAGCGCUGAUUUUAGAUGUAACGAAUUUUAUAUGAUAUAUACUUAGUCUGGUCGUAAAUAAUGUUAACAAAUUUUCAAAGUCAAUCGGUGUUCAAACUUCAAUGAAAUUAGGAGAUACAGAGAAAAGAAGAACAAACAAACUCCUAAUAUUUGUAUUAUUAAUACAGAUAAACAAUUAUAAUUCUAUGCAACUAUUUUUUCUUGUAUCAAUAUUUACGGCAAGACUAAGUGUGAAGUGUUUUGUACGAACAUUUGCUUCUUGGAUUUAUGCUGAUGCUGCUAAUGCUUAAUUGCUGACAUGGAUUUACGUUUAAUGAAUGGCAGCGGAAUUUAAUUUUUGACUUUACUCAAAUCCAUGUCAGCUAUGAUCGUUUCUUAUGAAUUUAUAAUUAAUAAUGCACUCUGAUUAUAAGAAUAAUUCACGUUUUUAACGUGAUAACGUUUUUAAAAUCGUUUUAGUCGGGUGACAUGUUCAGAAACUUGUGUCACACCAAAACCUCACGAGCGCGACCGCAGGUAUAACGAGAGAGAGACGGACCGAUCUCCCGACUCAUCUCGAGCGCUGCCACCAAUAAGACGUUAUCACGUAAACAUCUCGAUCGUAAACCUACUUUACAAACAACCAAUUUUUAGUUUAGUUGUAUAACCAAUUUAUUUUUAAGUAGUAGUAGUUGAGUAGCCUAUGUUUGAUCUGCUUCCGUAAAGAAAAUAAUUUGUAUGCUAUUCACAGGUUUUAGUUUGCAAUAUUUCGAUUAUAUUAAUGUACGACGAGACGUUGGACCAUCUUCUCAAUAUAGAAGUAACCAAGUGAUUAUUUAAGCUGCGUAUUUUGUUUUAGAUAAAUGAUACAGUGUUAUAACAUCAUCGAAUAGCAGUAUUACUUCCAGUGCGGGAAGGUGAUGGCGCUAGACGCUAGUUAUUUUUCCACGUUGGAAACAAUACUGCAACAACAAGACAUUAUAGUACGACGGCUCGUACCUCAUACGUAUGUUUAUUGAGAAAUCGGUCCAGAAUUCGAUCGCCAUCCGAGGAAUCGAUGCCAAGGCCUAUGAUUGCUAUUACUUUAAAAUCUAGGAAUUUACAGUAUCAGUAAAUAAUCGAAUUAAGUGCACUUUGCUCAUUCAUCGAUAGAUGUACACGAACACGGGUUCAAUUCAUAUCGCGUUGGUAGUUAAGCAGCAAUAGAUGAUUUAAUAUUUUUAGCAGUAGUUAUAUCGUUUCGAGUAAUUUGUAUUGUGAUGGAAUUUUUAAACUUUCGUUUUAUACAUCGAGUUUCUAGCAUAAUAUUUUAAAUCCCUCAUAUGUCACGUAUUUUCGUAUUAUGAUCAACUGUAUUGAAUUUUAUUUUAAGGAAAUAAAGUAAUGUUUAAAUA